CUUACCAUAUGAUCCAUGGAUUGUAAUUGGCCUAAGAAGAUCGAAUCGGAAAAUGAAUGGAACUACGAGUUACCCGACUUCUUUGAUUUCGAUGGGUGGUUCGAUGAAACUCCUGGGCAACUACAAGUUUAUGCAAAUCAUGAAGAGAGCAAUGACAGCCAACAUGAUCAGUCUUAUGAAAGAAGUUUUGGUGAAGGUAGUAGUCAAGUGAAAAAGGAAGCAACAAGAAGGUUUGCAUUUAGAACAAAAACAGAAGUGGAAAUACUUGAUGAUGGCUUUAGAUGGAGAAAGUAUGGUAAAAAGAUGGUUAAAAACAACCCAAAUCCAAGGAACUAUUAUCGAUGUUAUGCAGAAGGAUGCCCGGUGAAAAAGAGGGUUGAACGAGACAAAGAGGACACAAGAUAUGUGAUAACAACAUACGAGGGUGUUCAUAAUCACCACACACUCCAUCUAACUCAACAUAACUAUGAUAUUCAUGCUUCCUUGUCUUAACUUUACAAGUGUGGAAUAAAACUACACCAUUUUCACCAA